CUGGCGUUUUUUUUUACCGGGAAAACACGGCCUGUUUAAAUACUCUUUAAAAUAUUUCCUUGAAUCAACCUGCUUUAGGCAGUUUUCUAUAGCAAGUUGUAGCCAGUGGGCUGUCUGAAUUAACACACACUUGUCUGUCAAAAUGAGCACUUUAAAUAAAGUUAUUACAGAUUUAUGAGGUCAGCAGUCUCGAGCUGUUUGCUUUAGCCAAAUUAGCUUAACUAUCAAAUGUAGUUGGGUAAAGCAUUCAACUUAAUUUACAGAACAGUGUGUUAUAAACUUGCUUAUUAGUCAGAUGUUGCUCCACAAGAUUCAAGUUGACUGAUUUGAUUUUGUGCUCUAACUGAGGAGCUUCUCUUAAGAGAUGAUGGACACAGAUGACUGCACUUUGACCCUGGACAGAUUGUUUUUCGAGAAACCUACUAUUCACAAGGUGAAACCUCUGAACCAAGAUGUUACUCCAUGGCAGCUAGAAGCAUCUCCAGCUCUUAUGCAUGUUCCAGCCACCCAGGAAAUGCAAAAGGAGGCAGAGUCUCUUUCUACCCAUUUCAGUUUCACACAGAAACUCCAGAUGUUUAGUCCUCCUUUAAAGAAGCUACAUGGCCUAAAGGACUCAUCUGAGAUCAGUUUGUGCGGUUUAAACAACGAGGAGAGAGAGGCUGAUGAAACCCACGGUGGUACCAGUGGAUGUGAAGGUCUUUACAGGGGUGAAGGGUUUACGGAUUACUUUGAGGGUAGCCAUCAGAGUAACAGGACUGUAGAAGAAUCCCUGCUGGACUCCGGCCAUGUGACCAGCAACAGAUGGCUGUCUCAGGAUCACAGAAAAAGUCCUCCUUUACGAAGAAGCUUGUUCAAUAUUCCACGUUUGGACAUCAGAGGCGACUUGUCAACCAAAACCGACUCCAACAGACUCAGUAGCAGCCAUACAAUGUCCAGACUUCAAACUUUUUGCAGUCGGGUUGCCAUGACAACUGGAUCUCCUGCUCUUCAGCCACCACAAGCAGCAGUUGGCCUUGUAGCUCCUUUUUCCCCUGAGCCACCUCCUCUGGACCCUUGUGCAGCGAGCAGCCGGCCCUCCCAGCCAGCAGGACUGCAGGAUAGGGGCACAAAAAGAGCCUUGGUUCCACCCAUGAUGCCCCAGCCGCUCCACAUACAAGGAUCUUCUGGACCUGGAGUCCUGCGACCGGUGUCGGAACUUCCUGUAAAGUUCAGGUCCAUCUUCAGUGACUUCCCCUUCUUCAACUACGUUCAGUCCAAAGCUCUAGAUGAUGUGCUUUACACCAACAGGAACUUUGUUGCCUGUGCUCCGACAGGAUCAGGUAAAACCGUGCUGUUUGAGCUGGCCAUUAUUCGUCUGUUGAUGGAGACACCAGAGCCAUGGAGAGAUGUCAAGGCUGUAUAUAUGGCUCCCAUCAAGGCGCUGUGCAGUCAGUGCUCUGAGAACUGGAAGAAGAAAUUUGGUCCUUUGGGGCUGAGCUGCAAAGAACUGACUGGUGACACAGAGAUUGACGACUUCUUUGAGAUUCAAGACUCCCAAAUCAUCUUGACCACUCCUGAAAAAUGGGACAGCAUGACCAGGAAAUGGAAGGAUAACUGCUUGCUUCAGCUCGUCAAACUCUUCCUCAUUGAUGAGGUGCAUGUGGUGAAAGAUGCAACUCGUGGUGCCACACUGGAAGUGGUGGUGAGCAGAAUGAAGGCGGUGAAUGCCUACAGAGCAUCCCAGAAUCCAGAGGCAGGCCUCUCCAUGAGAUUUGUAGCUGUAUCAGCCACCAUCCCCAACAUAUCUGAUCUAGCAGACUGGCUGUCAAAUGAGAGCGGGCCGGCUACCUAUCUGAGUAUGGAUGAGAACCACCGUCCUGUGAAGCUUCGGAAGGUGGUGCUGGGAUUCCCCUGCAGCCCAAACCAAACAGAGUUCAAGUUUGACUUGUCACUCAACUACAAGAUGGCGAACAUCAUACAGACUUACUCCGAUCAGAAGCCGACACUGGUGUUUUGCUCGACAAGAAAAGGAGUUCAGCAGUCUGCUGCAGUUCUGGCCAAGGAUGCCCGAUUCAUCAUUAGCUCUGAACACAAACAAAGGUUGAUGAAGUAUGCUAGCUCUAUUCUGGAUUCUAAAUUAAAAGAUCUGCUGAUGUUGGGAAUCGGAUACCACCAUGCAGGAGUUGGCUUGUCUGAUAGGAAGCUGAUCGAAGAGGCCUUCGCCCUGGGAGACCUGCCGGUUCUUUUUACCACCAGGACUCUGGCCAUGGGUGUAAACCUUCCUGCUCACCUGGUGGUAAUCAAGUCCACAAUGCAGUACAUUGCAGGCUCCUGCGAGGAGUACGGUGAGGCAGACAUCCUGCAGAUGAUUGGCCGAGCUGGCCGCCCCCAGUUUGAUUCAUCAGCGACGGCAGUGAUCAUGACCAAAGUCCAAACCAGAGACAAGUACACGAAUCUAAUGAAUGGGAUGGAAAUCAUAGAGAGCAGCUUGCACGGCCACCUGGUGGAACAUCUGAAUGCUGAGAUUGUUCUUCAAACCAUCAGUGAUGUCAACAUGGCUCUAGACUGGAUCCGCUCCACCUACCUCUACAUCAGAGCUCUCAAGAACCCCACACACUAUGGUUUCUCCGCUGACUUAGACAGAUGUGGCAUUGAAGCUAAAUUACAAGAACUUUGUCUGAAGAACCUCAAUGCAUUGUCGGCCAUUGAUUUAAUCCGUAUGGAUGAAGACAUCAACAUCAAACCAACAGAGGCUGGCAGGUUGAUGGCGAGGUUUUGUAUUGCUUUUGACACGAUGGAACAGUUCAGCAAAGUUGUUGGCACCGAGAGCCUGUUUGAUCUGGUCAGUCUGGUGUCUAAGAGCAGAGAGUUCAGUGACAUUCAGCUGAGAGUGAAUGAGAAGAGAGCUCUGAACACCCUGAACAGGGACAAGAACAGGAGAACCAUCAGAUUUCCUCUUGAGGGAAAAAUUAAAACCAGCGAGAUGAAAGUGAACUGCUUGAUUCAGGCUCAGAUGAGUUCCAUCUCGAUUCAGGAUUUUGGACUGACUCAGGACACAGCAAAGAUCUUCAGGAUUGGGAUGCGCAUCAGUAAAUGCCUGUCAGAGUUCCUGAGCCAUCGAUCCGAAGCGGUUUUUCCUGCCCUCCUCAACUCUCUGAUCCUGGCUAAGUGCUUUAGAGCCAAGAUUUGGGAGAACUCACACUUUGUCUCCAAACAGCUGGAGAAGAUAGGCCAGACGUUGUCAACAGCGAUGGUGAACGCUGGACUCACAACCUUCAGCCAAAUAGAGCAAACAAACCCCAGAGAGCUGGAGCUGAUUCUGAACAGACAUCCACCCUUUGGAAACCAGAUCAGAGAUUCUGUCAGACAUCUCCCAAAGUACAGCGUUACUCUGGAGCAGCUUCCCAGGUUCGGCAGUGACACAGCUGAGGUUGUGGCCAGGGUCAACCUUAAAAACCAGGCUGAUCUGCUGUCCAGGAGAACCGCUCCAGGACACCACUUUGUCUCCCUGAUCAUUGGCGACGCUGACAACAACGUCGCAUUCCUGCAGAAAAUCACAGACUCCAUGCUGCUCAAAAGUGGCAGCUGGUCAAAGAAGAUACAUGUGGCAAAACCUGUGAAAGGAAAUGAGAUCAGUGUCCAUCUUAUCAGCUCAGAUUAUGUGGGGCUGGACAUCCAGCAGAGGUUUACCAUGCAGUUCUCAGCAUCCAGGACGUUUGGGUCAGAAAUCCCAUACAACACAAUAGAACAGAGACCCCAACUCACCGCUCAGACACCGCUGUCUGCAGCGCAGAGGGACAAGGCCUCCCCUGCAGAGGAACAAGGCAGCACAUACCCAGGCCAUAAAAGACAGUGCAACCACCUCUGCAAGAAUAAGACUCUUUGUGCUCAUGACUGUUGUAAAGUUGGUGUAGCCGUGGGACGGAAAAGGUCCACAAACCACGAGUCCAGCUUCUCUUCAUACUUGACUGACUUGAGGAACAGGAGUGAUGCGCUGGUCCAGACCCCGGUCAAACGGCUGAAGAUGGGCAACGGGCCGUUGGCUGUCAGCAUGCAGCGGUUUGCUUUCAAAUCCAAAGAAAACCUUUCUCCAGUUUUCUGCUACAGCGAGAAUGAGUAUAAAGCUGGACAGAUGGACCUGGCGGCUGACGACAGUUCUCAGCUGAAGGACAUAAGUUGUCUGAAUGAUCCUGAUCCAGGGACAUUUUCGGAUGCAGACGGCGCAGAGAACCGAACCAGAACCACUCAGAAUCCCGCUGCAACACAGCAAAUGUUUUUAAAAGAUUCCUCAGCGAGGAUAAUGUCCAGAACAGGUGGUGAGCCCCUGAAGUCAGGUGUAAACCAGACUAAAACCAGCACCUCGGUCCACUCAAACUGGUCUGCAGCAACAUCAGAACAAGAAGCUCUCCAAAUUCCAGCUGUCACCUUUGAUCUGGGAAAUGAGUGGGACGACUGGGAAGACUUUGAUGAAGAAAACCUACUACAUACAGCUGCAGCUUUGGUUCCUCAGUGUAGAACCAAACCAGAACCUCAGAUCCAGCAGCGUGUUGAUUACACGUCAGGCUGUCCCACUGGAUCUUCACCAGUGUUUCUCAGCUGCUCACAAACCAAAUGUCAGGGGACCACCAUCACUACACCACUGAGGUCCAUUUCAGCAGCAGCAAGUUGUGAAAUCAGGAAGUUUGAUCCGUCUCCGAUAACAAACAUUCUCAAUGAUGAGAUCACAGGAAAAACACCUGAGAUGUUCUUCAAACCACCACCAGAGACACAAGUCAACAGAAGGUGUGAUUUCUUUCACACAGUUGAUGUUCCAUUAAGAUCUGACUUGUCCCUUGAUAGAAGUUUCACUAAAGUAUUUCAUCCUAACAAUAAGGAUGUUUCUUCUGUUUCAUGCGUUCAUCACCAGCAGCAAAGAGGAGGAAACGUUCUUUGGCAUCUUUGAUGGAAUCUUUUGAAGUUUUGCUGGUUUACUCUGACACCAUGAAGUUCUCUUUAAAUCUUUUCUUCCUAGAAACGUAAAAGUUGUAUGUUAAAUUCAUAGUUUCACCUGUUUGUGUUGUAGAUCAUAUAUAUAUAUAAUGUUACUAUAACACUGUAUUUGGGUUCAAACUUAAUAAAAAUUUAUAUUCACUGG